AUGGCCAAAGAAAUGGCUAUUGACGAAGCUGAUGUCUCAAUUUUGCCUGUCGAGAUGAUAUUUCAGGAGGAGGCAACAACAAAUAAGGAUAACACGCGCUUGGAAGAAGACGAGCAUGGCGUCGAACAAUUCGAAGAUAUCCGCAAUUUGAGGAAUUCACCAAGGGAAGCAACAGGAACAACGCCUUUUCGACUGGCCUAUGGCCAGGAAGCUGUGCUGCCCGCAGAAGUAUAUUUGCAAUCGUGUAGAAUUCAAAGACAAGAGGAAAUCCCAAGUGAAGUUUACUGGUAUAUGAUGCUAGAUGAAUUGGUUAACCUCGACGAAGAAAGAAUCUCGACACUAGACGUUCUAACAAGGCAAAAGGAUCGCAUAGCUAAAGCAUACAAUAAAAAGGUUAAAGAUCGAUCUUUUGUCACAGGAGACUACGUGUGGAAAGUUAUCCUCCCAAUGGAUAAGAAGGAUAGGGUUUACGGGAAAUGGACCCCCAAUUGGGAAGGGCCAUUUAAAGUCGAAAAAACGUUACCUAAUAAUGCCUACGUGAUUAAGGAAUUGAGCAGUCAGCGUCAGUGUGUCACGAUAAAUGGCAAGUAUCUAAAAGCAUACAAGCCAAUGUUGCAUGAAAUCAAAAUUGAAUAA